AUGACCGAAGCUCCCGCAGACUUCAUCGCAGUACUCCUCGUCCGUCUCGGUGUAAUUGCUGCUCAUAGUUCUGAGGCACCUGGUACACUUUUCACUGUAGCGUCUUCUGGUGGGAGUGCUGUGUCCGAGGUAGUCGCAUGCGCGCGCUCGGUCCCGGUUCGACACGACGUUCUUCUGUGCAUACUUGUGCAUGACACUGUGGGGGGAUCCGGAAGGUUUCGAUACGCGUAUGCGAUGACGCUGAAGGGUGCCGCUCUGCUUCUGCUGGUGUGCAACUCGAUGGUGUGGGCCUUCAUCGCCUUCUGGAAAGAUGGUACCAGGAGGCGAUCGCCGAGCAUGAUCGCUCCAAGCUCCGCAAUGUCCGCCAGGUCAUCCAUAGUCUUUCCAGACUGAGACCGCACCGUGAUCGUCUGAGUAUACAGCC